AUUCGUAUAAAGCUUCAGCUCUAAGAAACCCUCUCUAUAGGACCAGUCUAAUGAUUUAACAUAGGGCCGUUCCACGCAAUAGCCUACUUGUACGGAAGGAAGCUUCCUCUGUCGAACCUUGGUCAAAUAAUGAGUUCCCAAAUGCAUGAGAUUUAAUGGGUAAGGGAUUGUAAAGAAGCUUCCUCUGAUCCAAUUGCCUUCCCUGCGCACACCAGAAUGGUUCCUUGUCGCAGAUAUCUUCCCUCCAUUGCCUCCUGCUUUCAGGUAACACAGACAAAAUGAGGGUUGAACAGUUGUUUCAAUUCUUAUGGCCAAAGAUUGAACCAGUGUUUGUUACACUGAUUGUUGAAGGGAUUGCUCAAUGGUUUUUCUCGUAUGCAAGUAGGUUUUUCUUAUGGAUUCUCUCGUUUGCAAUAAGUAUUUUCUCUUACUUUGGAAAAUUGUGGAGCGAGCAUGGGUUCUCUUUGCGGCCUUCAUCUUCCAGGAGAAGCAAACAAAUUCCAGAAUUAACUGUUCCGGAACCACCAAUUCCAGAAUUAACCAUUUCAGAGUCAUAUAUUCCAGAAUCGCCCGGUCCAGAACCACACAUUCCAGAACUACCCAACAACCCCAUGGGUUUGGUUGAUCAAGUACAGGAGUUGAAAAGACGGUUAUUUGAAUAUGAUUAUAACAAGGUGGGAGUGAGCGCAAUGGGUGGCAGUGGCAAAACAACCCUCGCAGCUGCUCUCUGCUGGGAUCCUCAAGUCAAAAAACGUUUUGGAAACAAGAUCAUUUUUCAAAAAGUUUCAGAGUCUCCAGAUAUCAAGAAGAUUCUUGAGAGCAUAUGGGUGGGGAUCACUGGGGUUCGACCAGUGCCUAAUUUUCAGAGCAUACAAGAUGGUCGUAGAAGGCUUAAAGAAUGGCUUAGUAGCAAGGAAUCACAAAAUAUUCUGGUCGUGCUAGAUGAUGUGUGGCAUGAAGACCAUCUUAAAGAAUUGUUGUUUGAAGCAAAGGGAUACAAGACUGUUGUUACAGCCAGGCACACUUACAAAUGGCUUGACAACACUUAUGAUCUGCCCUUGCUCGGGGAGAAGGAUGCUCUGUCUCUCUUUUGCUUUGAGGCUUUUGGGCAAAAAAGUAUUCCAGAUAAAGGAUAUAACAAGGCACUUGUGAAAGAGGUAGCAGGAAAGUGCCAAGGUUUACCACUUGCAUUGAUGGUGAUUGGGCGUUCUCUAUAUAAAGAGAAUGACAAUGCAUAUUGGGAACAUGCCCGAGACAAGCUUUCAGAAGGAGGACCGAUUGAUAAAUCUCAUGAAGAGGAGGUUCUCAAGCUCCUGGCAGUGAGUAUAGAAAAGCUUGAUGCUGAUUUGAAACGAUGCUUUUUGGAUUUGGCAUUGUUUCCAGGUUUGAAAAAGGUUCCUGUUGAUACCUUGUUCGAUAUUUGGAUUUACUAUCAGAACUUAAAACAAAGUCAUGCUCGUAAGAAUCUGCUUGAACUUGAAAGACGAAGGUUGUUGAGUCUGGUAAAUCAUAACAUGGGAGAACAUCUAGGAAUUAAUGAAGGUAGCACUUGUGAGCAAUAUAUAGUUCAACAUGAUGUUUUGCGAAACUUGGCUGUUUAUUUGGCGAACCAACCUGGGAACAUUCCUAAACGGCUGAGAUUAGUAGAUCCACUCUGUAGCUGGGAAAAGCACUCACGUGCUGCUGAGAUUAUUGCCAUUCGCACAGGUUCAAUGAAUGAGAAUCAGUGGCCCGAGGUUGAGUUUCCAAAGGCUCGGGCUCUUGUAUUAAUAUUUGCUGGAAAAAAAUCAGUUAUUCCAUUAUUUGUGCAGACAAUGACAGAAUUGGAAGUUUUAAUCAUAAUCAACCAGAAUUCUGUUAGCACUAAACUUCAUGGCAUGUCAAUUAUUGGCUCCUUGACUCGGCUGAAGAGUCUUCGGCUCGAGAAACUGACUGUUCCUCCUCUUCAAAAUCAUUGCCGCUCUUUAAAAAAUCUCAGAAAGCUAUCACUUUGUCUGUGCAGAGGUGAUAAUGAAGCAUUAGACAUACAGGUGUGUUCACAGCUGAAUACACUAGAAGAGAUUAAUGUUGGCCACUGUGUGGAUAUUAGGGAAUUGCCUGAUGGCAUUUGUAAUUUAGGUUACCUGAAAAAACUGAUUAUCACAAAUUGCCCUGAGCUUGACAAGAUACCUGACAAUAUGGGGGAGCUUCGAGGAUCUCUGGUAAUGUUGGUGUUGGGUGCUUGUCCGGAACUCAAAAUAUUGCCAGACUCGAUUUGCAAGCUUGGAAAAUUAGAACUCCUUGACAUUUCAGAGUGUCGACGCUUGGAGAUGCUUCCGUUUCAAUUUGGUAAUCUAGGCGAGCUCCAGUAUCUUGACAUGGGGGAGUGCCAAAAAAUUAGGAUUGUUCCUAAAUCAGCUAAGAAGCUUACAUCUCUUCGGCGUUUGAUCUGUGAUGAGAAACUGGAAAAUGAAUGGUCAGGCCUCCUUCCUAAUCUUCAGUUGACAAUUGCAGAAUCUGAACACGAUUUAGGGUGGCUGGAACAAUAAUAUUGCUGCUGCAAUCAGUUCCACUCUGGGGAGCUAGAAAUAGACUAGAAAUGACUACACAAGUGGCUCAGUACUGCCAUGUCUUACAUUUAGAUCAUAUUUUUUUUAAUUUUGAAAUGACCUAGUUUAGUUCUGA